UGCUCAUUGAGCUAACCAGUUCAGUGGUCUCCAAUUCACGGAUACAUAUAAAUACAGAUUGAUGUAUGCAAUUCACGUAUUUCCCGCGUGUUUCAAUCAAACUAUAUAUGUUAGCUUUACUCAUUUUAUUACUGGCAGCACAGCAAAUCACACCACAGUGCCAACAAUGUGGAAAUCGGCGAAUAGUGCAACAAUAUAGGUCAUAUCCGCAGAAAAAGUUCAACUUUAAUUUUGAACAAUUUUUCAGCAGAUUCCCCGGAUUUACAUCUCCUCAACGUCAGCCACCCUCCCAACCUCGUGUAUUUAAUAGUUAUGGUCAAGAAGCCGAAACAUUUGGCUCAGCGAUCGGAAAAUCAAUCGGGAGGAGAAUUCAACAGGCAAUGGCAGCACAAGACCCAGCAUUUGACAUCGAGUUUGCACAACCAUCAUCUCCAGCAUCCACAUCAUCUACCGCAUAUUCCCCACCGCCUGCCACGUCAUCCACAACAUAUGGAUCCUCGAUCCCAUCCACAUAUCCCCCAUCAACUUUUGCUCCAUCAGCAUACCCAACUUCUUCAUCAUGGGGUUCAACACAUCCACCAGAAGAUCUUCCAACUGUUCAACAAGCAUUCCAACAACAGCAACAAUCAUAUGGAACAGUUCAACCUCAAGUUUCACUUGCGCAAAGUUUAAUCGGAAACUCAAACGGAUUCGGUGGAUUACCGGGACUUUUGCCUCCACCAAGUAACGGAGACUGUCCAUGGUGUUCAGGAUAUCGAGGAAAACGAGGUCCGGAUACGGAAAAGGAAAAGAAAAACGAGAAGAUUUGAGGCGUUUACUUAUUUUUCGAUUAUUUAUUUUAAUGUUAUUUACGCAAGUAUUAUUUCAAAUUAAUAAUAUAUGUAUAUUUAAAUUA